AUUAUUCUUUGCCCAUACAACACUUAUUCACACAAAGCAAGAAGAUAAUUAAUUCAAAGCUCGAUUUUGGACAUUACCUAUAUAAAGCCAGUGUCGAUAUCACUCAACCAGACUGACACUUUAUCAGCUCCGAUAACCCACUUACAAAAUGAAAUUCCUAAUUGUUCUCGCCGUCGUGGCCUUCGCCGCCGCUGACGUGUCCCACGUCGUCAACCCCGACUACCAGGUCCCCAUCGUCAAGUCCACCUACGACAUCAGCCCCGAGGGACAAGCUUUCCAAUACGCGUACGAAACUGGCAACAACAUCUACGCCCAGGUUGAGGGUGAUGUGAAGAACUUCAACUCUGACCAGCCCACUCUCCAAGUUAGGGGAUCCUACAAAUACACCGCUCCCGACGGUACCCCAGUCGAGACCGUGUACACCGCUGACGAGAACGGUUUCCUGGCCCAAGGUAGCCACAUCCCAGUAGCACCCCCCAUCCCAGAACUGAUCCAGCGCAGUCUCGACUACAUCGCAGCUCACCCACCAGUAGUUGAGAAGGUCUACAAGCCCUAAGCGGUCAACACCUAGACUUGUCGAUAAAACACCUGGACUUAGACGAAUUGGCUCUGAAUCAUUGGACUUGUUGAUUUGCCCCGCGUUAUGUUUUGUUUUUAUGUUUAGCGUCGUAAAAUGUAAGUUGUAAUAAAGUGUGACAUACAAACAA